GCAAUUUUUAUGGCGUCAAGGUACUUCGCCUGCAGAACCGCCAUUAGCGACUAAGAGAGAGAAAGCUAGAGAGAGAGAGAAAUGGAGCUCGACGAACACGUCUUCAUGGAGGAGUUGCUGGCUCUACGAAGAGAAGCAAAUUGGGAUGCCAUUCCAACCGAAAUCAGCGAUCUCUGCUCAACUGCUUGGAGUUUCGAUUACUGUUUCGAUCAGAGCACCGCCAAUUUCCACCAAAAUUCUUCAUCGGAGGCUCUGUCCGCUCAGAACCUCGACGAAUUCUACCAUCCUCUGGCCAGUGAGUUCUCAGUUCCACAAGUGGCCGAUUCCGCCUAUGCCGCCAUGGAAGUAGCCGCGCCUCUGCCGUUCCAAGCAGACCGUCCGAGUGCGGAGCGAGAAGGGGAAGGAGAAGUAGAGGAAGAGGAAUUAGGUUUUCUUGCGGAUGAGAUUCAGAAUAUGGAGGUUCAAGUUCAAUCGGCCUGCAAAAUGGAGCCGAAUCUAUCUCCAGAAAUCCCCGUUUUCAACAUCGGAACGUGCUCCCUCGAACGGAAGAACAGACCGAAGAAAUUGCAGGGGCAGCCAUCGAAGAACCUCAUGGCCGAGAGAAGGAGAAGGAAGCGCUUGAACGAUCGCCUCUCGAUGCUCAGAUCCAUCGUCCCGAAGAUCAGCAAGAUGGACAGAACUGCGAUUCUGGCGGAUGCAAUCGAGUACAUGAAAGAACUGCUGGAGAAGAUCGGGAAUCUGCAGAGAGAAGUGGAUCGGUCGAAUCAGACGAAUUCAUUCAACGACACAAAACCGAGCGAAUUCGUAGUGAGGAAUUCACCAAAAUUUGAGGUGGAAAGUGGAAACGGGAGCACGAGGAUCGAGAUUUGCUGCGCAGCGAAACCAGGAUUGCUAUUAUCAACGGUGAAUACGAUUGAAGCAUUGGGGCUUGAGAUUCAACAGUGCGUAAUUAGCUGCUUCAAUGACUUCGCAUUGCAGGCCACUUGUUCUGAGGAACUGAAGCAGAAAGCAGAACGGAAGCCUGGAGAAUUGAAGGAAGCUUUAUUUAGGAAUGCAGGCUAUGGAGGAAGAUGCUUGUAGAAAUUAAUUUUUUUAAUUUUAUUUAAUGUGGUAAUGUUCUUAAUUAGUAAUCAAAUCUCUGUAAUUUAUUGA